CUUUGCUCAAACUUUUGAUCGGUUUGGAGAAUUAGGAAGGAUGGGGGCAUCGACCAAAUCGUGACCUUUCGAUCACAAGGAAAAACUGCACACGCCUAGGGCUCCUUUUUCCCCCCCUAGAGAUUGAGAUCAAGCGGGAGAUUUCGACUAUGAAGCUGAUCAAACAUCCCAAUGUGGUACAGCUGCAUGAGGUUAUGGCGAGCAAAACGAAGAUAUACAUGGUUCUUGAAUUUGUUGAUGGAGGCGAGCUAUUCGAUAAGAUCGUCAAUUCUGGAAGGCUAGGAGAGGAUGAAGCUAGGAUAUACUUUCAUCAACUUAUAAAUGCAGUUGAUUAUUGCCAUAGCCGAGGAGUGUACCAUAGAGACCUGAAGCCAGAGAAUUUGCUUCUGGAUUCAAAUGGAGCUCUUAAAGUUUCAGACUUCGGCCUAAGUGCAUUUGCACCACAAACAAAUGAGGAUGGGCUUCUGCAUACUACCUGUGGAACUCCAAACUAUGUAGCACCUGAGGUGCUUGCUGAUAAAGGUUAUGAUGGUAUGGCUGCAGAUGUAUGGUCCUGUGGCAUAAUCUUAUUUGUUCUUAUGGCUGGAUACUUACCCUUUGAUGAUGCCAAUCUGAUGAGACUGUACAAACUGAUCUGCCAAGCAUAUUUUUCUUGCCCACCAUGGUUUUCUUCUGGAGCGAAGAAGUUUAUUAAGCGCAUUCUCGAUCCUAAUCCUGAUACGAGGAUAACAAUUGCAGAAAUUUUGGAAGAUGAAUGGUUCAAAAAAGAUUAUAAACCACCACGUUUUGAACAAGGUGAAGAUGUUAGCCUUGACGACAUUGAUGCUGCAUUCAAUGAUUCAGAGGACCGUCUUGUGGCAGAGAAAAGAGAGAAACCGGAAUCCAUGAACGCGUUUGCUCUUAUUUCGAGGUCGCAGGGUUUCAACCUUGGAAAUUUGUUUGAGAAGGAGAUGAUGGGAAUGGUAAAGAGGGAAACAUCUUUCACGUCUCAAUGCACAGCACAGGAGAUCAUGACAAAAAUAGAGGAUGCAUGUGGGCCACUCGGUUUCAACGUGCGGAAACAAAAUUACAAGAUGAAAUUGAAAGGUGACAAAUCUGGAAGAAAAGGUCACUUAUCUGUUGCAACUGAGGUUUUUGAGGUUGCCCCAUCACUUCACAUGGUUGAGCUUCGUAAAACCGGAGGAGACACAUUGGAGUUCCACAGCUUCUACAAGAACUUCUCAUCGGAGCUGAAAGAUAUCGUGUGGAAAGCUGAAUCUGACGCAAAUAAUAAACAGACGAAUAAGUGAUACCCAGAGAAUCUGUGUAGCCCUCAUGAGGCCACAUUCAGAUAGAUCACCUCUUCGGGUGAUACCACCUGCUUGGUACUGUAUGCUUUUUUUUUUACUGGUACCACAUUAGCAGCCAAAAUCUCUUGUAAACGGGAACUCCUUCUGAAUGAGCGCAAUUGUACAAAACACAUAUGAAGAGGCCCUCCGUGAGAUGCUCCGAACACUGCAAUGGGAUGUCAAAUAGUUCUGAAUGGUGAGUGCUGUUUUUGCAUCUAUAGGGGCAUAUAUGUUUCCAUUCCAUGUGCAUGUACCGUUGUUGUAUGCGCAUGGGGGUACGUGUGCAGCAGGAGAGAGAGAACAUCUGAACGUGUCCUGAGAGGAAAAAAAAAGUCUAUGUCCGUUUCUAAAAUGCUUUGGUUGUCACCAGGGUUGAGUGCCUUUGUUUUAUGAAAAUGGACAAUGGAGAAUGAUGUAUGAAGCUUAACUCUAGUAUUUGGGAGUAAAAGUAUGUUUGGUUGGA